GACUGGAUCUGAUUUUCCUUGAUUCAACUGAUUUAAAUAAAUAUAUCAUCAAUAUGGCAUCUUACCAUUCCAUCUGCAAAGACAAAUAGAACUUGUUGAAUUCAAGGCCGUGACGUUGUAAGCCUUAGAAAUCAGAGAUGCGGUAAAUUGCGAAGAGUUUGAAGCAAUUUGUAGAAAGGAUUUCUGAAUAGGGACGCUUUUCUAUAUCUUCACUACUCAGUAGUAUCUAGCAUUGGCAAAGUACAGCGGAUCGUUUUUCCGAUAAAGUUAAUAAUGAAGGCGAUCGCAAGUAAGACAAAAGUGAUGAAUAAGAGGUGAAAUAUACGAUUGUAUUUUAAAUCAACGACAAGAUGAGCCAUGUAGUUGUAAGAUACGGAAAGCGAAUGAGACUAUACGUACAAGGCGAGAGAACGACUGGCACUGACGCUGUGAUCAAGACAGUUGGAGCAAAAUAUUUAGUAUAAUAGUACCAAAGAAGACUGCUGUUUUAUGAAGGAAGUAGACCGUGUUGUAGUUAUUAUAGAAAGUUAUUAAGAAACUAUAAAAGUGAUCGAUCAAUCGUAGAAAGUGAAACACAAUACAAUGGAAGAAACCGGAGUGGAAUAUGAUUCAGACACAAUUACGGAACUUACCCCUAUUGUAAACACUACAAUAUUAAACUUGACCGAUGCUAACCCAACGAAAGGCAACGUAGCGGAUGUCAAGUGGGACAAGUGGUUUAGGAUAUAUGUACUAUAUGCCGAGAUUAUCCUUGGAAUAAUCGGUUGCUUACUUGUUUUGCUUUGGCUUUGGCAUAACAGGCGCAGACGAUCCAGGGUCAAUUUACUUAUUUUACACCUGACAGCCGCUAAUAUUCUCGUCAUUCUUUUCGCAUGUACAUCGCAAAUAAUCUGGGAAUAUUUUGAUUACAUCUGGUAUGCUGGCCCCGUGAUGUGUAAACUCGUGAAGUUCUUGCAGAGUUUUAGCAUGAUGGCAAGUACGAAUAUGUUGGUCGUGUUGAGUGUGGAUAGACACCAGGCCAUAACAGCUCCACUCAGCUCCCCAUUCCCGGUUAUGAAGCUGACGGGAAUUGGAUGGGGUAUCGCAGGGGUUCUCUCCCUCCCUCAGUUCUACAUAUUCAGGCAUGGCAUCCGUGAUGGUGCACCACGAUGUGAGUCAAUAUUCCGCGAUGUGCCUCCUUCUCAUCGUCAGGCGUAUCUCACUUUCGUUCUCCUUGUCACGCUCCUUAUUCCACUGGCAAUCCUUACUGUGUGCUACGUCAGGAUUUUUUGGAAGAUUGCAGUAAAAGCUCGAGAGGGAAAAUCAGGAAAUUCCGAAAAAUCUGGGAAAGUCCUUCUCCAGUCAACACCAUCGAGUUCAUUGCCCAAAGCUAAAAUUAAAACCUUAAAAAUGACCGUCGUUAUAGUCAGCGUGUAUAUUAUAUGCGGACUCCCGUACCCGUUUUGUGAGAUGAUAUUUGCAUUUGGUGAUUUUGAGAUGGUACAUCCUAUAAUGUGGUCUAUAUUUGGUGGGAUGGCUGUGGCAAACUCUGCGGCUAAUAGUUGGGUAUUUCUAGCGUUCAACGCCGAAGCCAACAAACUUUGUAAGUGCUGUAUCAACAGAGCAGGUCGUAAAGACCACACGGGUAGCAUCUGCUCCGAAUUUAACACUCACAGUACCGAAGUGACUACAAAAAGGACCGAUCAUCACACACAUGUACACUUAAAGGGAGACUAUGAACUAAAAAUGAAAGACAGGCCAAAGGUGAAUGGAAACAAUUCCUACGCGAUCAUAUCGACGAAUCAACGCGAACAAAGACAAUAGCACGUCAAAAGAUUCCAAAUCAAAAAUAUCGUUAAGGCAAGAAGCUUCAGAUUUUGAUAACCACAGAGGGUGUAUGCCAAUAAAUAAAGCAUCCUAAGAAAUAUAAGCCUCUAAGGAAAACCUAAACGCACUAUAAAAUUUGCAUAUUAUAUCGAGACAAGAAAACUGAAAUGAUGCUACAGAGAGCACCUCCAGAAAAAAUGUAUUUAUUCAAUCACGUGUAAAUGAAUAGUUUGGCAU